AAACAUGCUUCAAUCCGCCGCUCUUGUUGAUAUCGUUAACAAGACCCUGCCAUAUCAAGCUCUCGGAGACUCCCUUCUGCCAGUGAACAAUAAUGCCGAAUUCAUGAGCCACACAAAUGCAAUGACAGUGACGAUUUGUGAUGGAGAAGAGCCGAUUGCAUUCGGGUCCAUUGUUAAGUGCAACGAACGACAAGCAUAUGUGAUGCUUGGUGAAAUUAAUAAGAAGUUUCAAGACAAGACGGUGUGGAUCGAGCAGGCAUCUGUUGAGAACAAAUUGAACUACGUUUACAAGAUCACCAAGAGUGUUCCUCUUAUCGACUAUUCCGGAGAGUGUCACUUUGAGCAAACAUUCAGAACCCGUGAGGAAAAGCCUGUGCACCUUCAUAUGUUGGACAUUCUCAUCAACAACAGUGUUGGCCUAGUCAAUAUGGACAUUUCAAAAAACAUAACCGUCGAUUUUGAGAAGUACUCGAACUUUGCAUCCUGGAGAGACACUGUCGGAUUUGUCGUCGGAGAUAAAAAUCUUUUCGAGCGCAUCACUGUCAACAGAUUUGAACUUCUCUCGUUCGCAUCAGACAACUCUGAUGUCACCGUGGAAGACGUGAACGUUGAAAAGCUGGGCCAAGUUCUCGACUAUGAUUCGGAAAUUUCUAUUUACGAUAGAGAAGAGUUCCUCACCGCACUUCUCAAAACUGGAGGAGUAUCAGCCAAAAUUGCCAAGGAGAAUGGACAGGUAACUGGGUACAUUGUGAAUACCAAUGAUAACAUUCUACAGUGCUACGGAGAAAAUGAAAAAACCCAAAAAGCACUUUUCUCCUCUGCUGCUGCAAAGAUGAACGCUAAAGUCACAAUGUACAUUCGCAAGGAUGCUGGACAACCUAUGGAUCAAUUGUCGAAGACUGCUGAAAGCAGAACUCCAAUUACCAGACUCAACACACGUGUCAUUGUGAGCACCGUCAAGUAUAACAAGGUCGCCUGUUUCAACAUGGGGCUUCAUUUAUUCUAAUUUUUGGGGUUCGACGGUUUUUCAUUUAAUUCUAUUUAUGUUUUUCUUAUUGAAUAGCCAAAUGUGUUUUAUAUAAAGAAUUAAUAAGCA